GCUGAGGAAUGCUGGCGGACGGAUCGAGACGUGUGUGCAUCUCUGUGGAUGCCAGACUUUUGGAGCAUGGGUGUGUUUGCGAGUGCUGGUCCGUAAUGGUUUGUGUGUGUGCGCGAACCAGCUCGCACUUCUGUUACAGCGUGCUCGGCUCAUAGUACGGAGCCAGUCACGGCCACAAAGGCCCGGACAACGUGCGAACGGCUCGGCAAAGUCGCCCGACGACUCGUAAUUAUUUAGGCUGCGGCGUAAAUAUUGCGCUGCCAAAUUGUGGAAAUAGUGCGAGUAUUUAUAGCAUCACAACACGUCUUUGAAAAGUCUAACAUGGUCGUUUUAGCCGACUUAACUACGUGUUUUGUCUCCAGCGGUAAUUACACAUUUCACUUUUAGAUAUUCCAUAUCUCCACUACGUGAGGUUCUCCUUUAAAAGCCCAAGCGACUCAGGUAAUUCUCAACGUUUAAGGACAUGUUUUCAAGUGUGGGCUAAAUAAAAACAUGUUAUGGAUUUCAGGCUGAGCUGUAAAUUAUUGUUUACUGCCAGUCUACACACAGACCUCUUACCUCAUAUACUAAAUGCAAAGGCCAGUAUUAGAACUGUUUAGCAGCAGCUGCUUUUCACUCCGGUGUGAAAGGGUGCAUUUUUUAAAUGAGUGAUUUUUGUAUUGAAAUUGAUUUUUAAAGAGUGUGAUUAUUAUAAAAAUGCAGCGAGUAAUUGCUUGUGAUGGGAAACAGUGAUGCAGCUCCGACGAAUGGAGACUGAGGCUGGACUUGAUGAGACCAGAUACUGCACCAUUACGCCACUUUAAGAGCGCUUGUAGUUUCCAACCUCCUCACAAACGGUGACAGGAAACCUACGAUAGAUCAGUGACGCGUUUGCUUAAUCACACCGUUACUCUGAUUAUGUCUCAUUUGUUCGAUUUUACUUUGAAGCAGCGUGUGAUAACGCUCUGCAGCUUUUGCUUUGGCACCAAAUUAAUUGCACUUUAUUUAGAGACCGUAUUUGUUUAAAGUCAAAGGUUUUCUUUGACUGUAACAAUAGUUCUGCUUUAAAAAUAGUUUCUAUAUUUUAUUCCCUUUAUCUAACUUUCCGUAAGAAAUAAUUUGUUCUUGUUACAUUCAGAAAAAAAAACAAAACACUGGUAAUCAGCGCAGCGAUAUUCAGCAGCGGUGCUUAAACUUCUGUUUACUUUGGGGGGUUAGAGAGAUAAUGGUGUGUAGCUGUGGGCCCCCCUGAAGGCUCCAGACAUGACACUGGGCGCAAACAGUGUCUCAGAGAGGCCGAACCAGUUAAAGCGGCCUCCGGACCUGGACUUUAAAUCAUUCAAAUAAUUAUCUAAUCGUGUGCUAAAAUACUGUAUUUUCUUGUAGGAUUUGUGAACUUUUGGACGUUGGCACAUUGACGCUGAACCGUUAAUGGGAUGCACUGUGUGUCUGCACGUUUCCUGAACCUCUGUCUGUUCUCGUGUAACGUGUGCCCCGUUCUGUCAACUUUUAAGCAGUGAAGUUGUGCAGUUAAAUGCUCAAAUUUGGCUCUGACAUUUAAAGACAGAGUCGGAGCAUUAUAUGCAGGACCGUUCACCCACUCUAAUUGACAGCAAUUAAGAUGAAACUGCCCCAUGGGCUCCAAACAACUGUCUCCUAAAACACCAACCAAGGAGGAAAAACAGGUGCACUGGUGUUUUACUGGUGAUAAUGGACUAGCUCACACAGUAGGUCAAAUGAAUGUCUCCUCCUAAUAAGCAGGUGAAUUGUGGCUGUCAAUACCAGAAAUUAUUGUCCGUGCAAUUGUCCGUGUGUGACAGUUGUUCAGCAGGUGUUUGCGAUGGGCAGUUGGUGACAGGGGGUAAACUUUGGCUGAUGGUGAUUUAGCAUGUGGGUCAGGUGGAAGGUGCUGGUCUGACAGGGAUAAACUAGGCUUUGGCUGUUGUAGCUUACAGGCCAAAUGAGUGUCUGUCCGUGACAAGGGUUGAGAUGGACAUUAGCUGCUGAUUUGUGGCCUGAGCGGUCAGAGAUGGGGACAAGUUAGCUGCUCCACUCGGGGCCAUAAUGAUGAUGCAUCUGCAGCGGGGACACGGUGAGGAAGAGGAGGAUGAUUAGGGUGAGGAGGAAGAGGAGGAGGAGGUGGCUGGAGUUGUUGGGAGGAGAAGACGAUGCUGAAUGGAGGUGACACAUAAUUUGGGGUGGGAGUGCUGAGUUGAACGUGUUAGUGACUAAGCGAGGCAUGAGAGGAGACGUGACCGGCGCAGGAAACACAGCCCAGUCCUCCACAACUCGGCGUAAUGAUUAAGGUGAGGCCGAGCGAUCGAUAAUCCAGGUGUGAUAAACGGCUAACGAGUCAUUUUUGAGUCACAUCUAUUGCAAAAGGUUCGGCUCAAACAGUAAUUAUCAGAGGCCUUUCGCGGGGCGUCCCCGCCCAGGCUGAUCGGACGGGUGUGGGGGAGGAGGGGGAGCGCAAAGGGUUAAGGCCGCCUCGCCUGAUGAGACGUCGCUCCGGGACGUUGCGGUGGGAAAGCCGUGCCCCCCCCCCCCCCGUCCCCCGCCUGUCCAUGUGGCACAUCCUCCUCAGAUCCUCUCCACGUUGUAAUUAGGGGCCGAGCGCCAGCGCGAGCUAGCGGCGCGCGGACAGUGGGAACCAGCGACGAGCGAGGACGGCAACAGGAGCACGUGGCUCCCCCGUAGCUCCGCGCGGGGAGGAGUGGGCGGGGUGGGACUGUCUCUCGCUCUUAUCCACUCCAUGUUGUUCCAAGCUCCGCUCCAUUGUUUACCUUGGCAGGCCGCUGCAGGGAGCGGCCCCUCGGCUGCUGUUUGUGCAACCUGUUCGGGAACUUUUAGGGCCAUCCGAUCUCCCUCGCUGGAGAAUCUCUCGCCUCCCACCCAGGCGCGUGACGGCACACGUUAAAUGAGAGUAAAUGAAAGACGCCUCAAUGCUGCUGGAGAUGUGCGAUCAGCGUAGGAUGGUAGAAGUUUAAUACAGAAUAUCUUGUCCUUUUUCCAUUAUUGUUAUUUUAUUUUGAACAUUUUUCGUUCUACUGGCCCAAAACUUUCCCUCACUCUUUUGUUGCAAUUCCGCCUCAGUGCAUUUUCAUAGGUCUGUGGGACUUUAUCGUUUGCUGCCACCCCCUCUAUAGACAUUUUAAUUAUGUCCACGCUGUAUCAAUGGCAUGAACAUAGCAACAGUUACCUAGCAACAAGAUCGACAAGAAUAAACUACAUGUAAGAUUGGUAUCCAAGUUGUAUACCUGCAGGUAAACUAAGUGUUUCUGGGUUUUUUCAUUUAAUUAUUUUUUUUGUUUCGUCUUGUUGCUCCACUGCAGCAACGAGAAAUGAGGAAGGUGUGUGUGUGAGUGUGUGUGUGUGUGUGUGUGUGUGUGUGUGUGUGUGUGUGUGUGUGUGUGUGUGUGUGUGUGUGUGUGCGCGUGCGGCUUCGGCCGUGGCCGGUUUAGAGCCAGUCAACAAUGUCGCUGCGGCGAGCGUCGCCGCUUCAAAGUAUUUAUCUACACAUGCCUCCAGUGACCACCAAGUGCGGACGUCUAAGUUGGAGUCUAUUCAUAGACAUGAAUGAGCGAGCGAGCUGCCAGAGGAAGUCUGAGCGCUGUGGCCGUAAACAAGGGCUCGGUGGAUCAACAGACGACCGGCAGGAUGGUUCACCACAGAGAGGACGACCUGAUCGGGAUCCCGUUCCCGAACCACAGCAGCGACGUCCUGUGCAGCCUCAACGAGCAGCGGCGCGACGGCCUGCUGUGCGACGUCGUCCUCAUCGUCCGGGACCAGGAGUACCGCACGCACCGCUCGGUCCUGGCCGCCUGCAGCCAGUACUUCAAGAAGCUCUUCACAGUGGCCACGUCGGACGGCGGAGACCCCCAGCACGCCGCCGCCGUGUACGAGAUCGACUUCGUGGCCCCGGAGUCGCUCACGGCCAUCUUGGAGUUCGCCUACACCUCCACGCUGACCGUGACGGCGUCCAACGUCAAAGAGAUCCUCACCGCCGCCCAGAUGCUCGAGAUUCCGUGCAUCAUCAACGUUUGCCUGGAGAUCAUGGACAGCGGGGGCGGCGGGGGCGUGGGGCGGAGGGGGGAGGAGGGGGCGGAGGAGGACGAGGAGGAGGAGGAGGACGAGGAGGAGGACGAGGAGGACGAGGAGGAGGAGGAGGAGGAGGACGCGGCGUCGAGGAAGGACGAGCAGGAGGAGGAGGAGGACGACGCCAGCGAGAGGUCGCUGCAGUCGUCGGGGGGGAGCAGGGGGGAGCGCACCCCGCUGGGAACCGAGGGCUCUCCGCCCCCGAGCACCUCCACCUUCCACCAGCAGUUCCAGCUGCACAGGGAGUCGUCCCAGUCCCAGUCCCCAGACAAUAUGAUGACAGGCAAACAGGAAAGUAUGGAAAGUCGGGCUCUCAAGGAUUUCUCCAUAGAGUCUCUCCUCCAAGAAGGCCUGUAUCCACGUAUGACGCUCGACAGGAGGUCCAGCGUCCCGCCGCUCCUCCAAGGCUUCUACCCCUCCAUGUGGGCUGCUGAGUUCCCGGGCUUCCCUCAGCAGCUCCUCAACCCGGGCCACCAUCAGCACCCCCACGCAGGGCCCCCCCCACAGAGCCGGCUUCCCCACAGCUUCCCCAACGCGCCACCGCUCGAGGCCUCCAGGCCCCUCGACCUGGCUGUGAAGAGAGAGAUCAUAAAGGAGGAGAUGAAGGAGGAGGUCCCGCCCAGUCUGCUCCACGGAGACUUCCUCAAAGAGUUCGUGAGCUCGGGCCUGGGCGGCACCAUGAACGCCGGGGCGGUGCCGUCAGAGGGUCACGCGCUGGCUCCCAUUAAGGACGAAGGCGACUUCCGGUCGUACCUGAGCUUCCUGAGCUCGGCGUCCCACCUGGGGGCGCUGUUCCCCCCCUGGCAGCUGGAGGAGGAGCGGAAGAUGAAGCCCAAAGCGUCGCAGCAGUGUCCCAUCUGCAACAAGGUGAUCCAGGGGGCCGGGAAGCUUCCACGACACAUGCGGACGCACACGGGGGAGAAACCCUACAUGUGCACCAUCUGCGAAGUACGCUUCACCAGGCAAGACAAGCUGAAGAUCCACAUGAGGAAGCACACGGGCGAGCGCCCCUACAUCUGCCUCCACUGCAACUCCAAGUUCGUCCACAACUACGACCUGAAGAACCACCUCCGCAUCCACACGGGCGUCCGUCCGUACCAGUGCGAGCACUGCUACAAGAGCUUCACGCGCUCCGACCACCUGCAUCGACACAUAAAGCGCCAGAGCUGCCGAAUCUCCCGGCCCCGACGAGGGCGAAAGCCGGCCGCCUGGCGGGCCGCGCCCGCCGCUAGCUUCCUGUGCCCUCCCCCCGUCGCCGCGAAUCGCUUCGAGGAGAACGGCUUGAGCGCCGCGUACCAGGGGGUCAAAGGUCACGGACUUGGGGAGAUGCUGGGACUCGGCGGCAGAGGCCUGGGAUUUAAGACAGUGGGCGGCGGGAGCAGGGAGGAGCGGCGGGGGGAGGAGAAGGCGGGGGCGGGGGGGAGGCAGAGGGGAGUGUUCGCCUUCGCCCUGGCCGGGGAGGAGGGGCUCACCCACUCCCCGUUUUACGCCGCCACCUCGGACCCCUGGACCAUGAGACUGGAGCGCGCCCCGCCCAUCCCCGAGUCGGCCAAGUGAACUCCGGGCUGUAGAAUAAGAAGAAGGAAAGAGAACCUCUUUAAUCUCUGUGUCUGUUCUGCUCCACAAAGCUAAAGCACCUUUUUUUCCUAACAAAAAAAAAAGUGAAAGAGCGAGAGAAAUGAGACUUUUGAAGCCUGCUGUAAAAGAGAUUAAACAAAAGAAACUGUCCAAUUAAACAAUUUCACAGAUGUCAUGUUCAAAACUUAUUUUAACCCUGUGAAUGUUUACAAAUCCUCUGAUAGCAUUUAAAAGGAGGCAGAACUGGAUAUGAGGAAACCCGAUGGCAGCACUGUUCUAUACGUGGUAUUUGCAUCACUAGCAGUUGCUAUGCUAGAUGCUACGUAAAUUUGGAUGAUAUGAGGCUUUUCAUUUGAAAAGAGUUCACAUGCAUGGAGUUCAGCUUGUGGCUGCAAAAUUUUGAAUUAUUAAUAAUGAUAAAUGUAAACAUAAUAAUUACACAUACAAACCUAAUCAGCCAAUAAUGGCUUUAUUACUAUCACUGUGUAAAAACACAGGAACAAAAAUGUUUCAGGAAGUGGAGUAAAUAUGAGUAAACAAAGUCAAAAUAAAAAGCCUCCGUUCAUAUUUUGACAGACUUUGACUUUAUACAGAUGAAUUUAGGAAUCUGUGUUUGUGGAAAAGCAUUAAAAAAGGGUUCGAUGACAGCGGGGUGAAGUGUGGCACAUGACCUGACUUUAAUCGUUCCAAAUCAAACACGGAGCCCGGCUAAAGUCUGAAUCAGGAACGUGUGACGUGUCUUAAAAUCCUUCCACUGCCUUGCUCUGAUUCAAGCUCCUCGUCUGCACUAUUGUACAUAGACUCAAACUUUAGGCCCUGGUGUUAAUUACGGUUGCAUUGCUGACGAUGUAAAAAAAUAAAUAAAAUGAAAUACUGCUCCUGAAAGACUUUGAGGCAUCCAUCCAAAGAUGUGUACGUUGACUUGAAUAAGACUCUGUUUUAGCGUUGAUGAAAAUGUGUCUUCAGAGGAUGUUUAUCAAACGGCCGCUUUAGCUACAGUUUGCUUGUGUCUUUUCUGCUGCAUCAAAUCAAAGGGUCUCGUCCCUGAUUUUCAUAAGAUGUUCAUUUCUGAUUUGUGUAUAAAGAAGUUCAAAAAUUAUUUGAAUUGAAAUGGGAAAGUAUUUUCUUGCUAUUUAUGCGUAUUUAAAUGAAUGAGCCUUGGCUAUAUUUUGCAAAUCUGUUUUAUAAAGACACUAAGUGUUGA